AUGGCGGAUGAAAAUGAAAAUUCGUGUGAUAAGUUCGAUGAUGUUAAGCCGGAUAAGAUGUUUACGCUGAAAAAGUGGAACGCCGUCGCAAUGUGGAGCUGGGACGUUGAGUGCGAUACGUGUGCUAUUUGCCGUGUGCAGGUCAUGGAUGCUUGCCUUCGUUGCCAGGCGGAAAGCAAAAAGGACACGCUCGGCCGGCAGGACUGCGUUGUCGUGUGGGGUGAAUGCAACCAUUCCUUCCACCACUGUUGCAUGUCGCUCUGGAUAAAGCAAAACAAUAGAUGUCCCUUGUGCCAACAGGAGUGGUCCAUCCAGCGUAUGGGUAAAUAA